GUUGGACUAAAGCUCUGUGGGUAAACACGCUUAAGAGCUGGACAUGGAGCGGUUUGCUGGAGUUCACAGACAGCAGGGCUUCCAAUGUGUAGAUUAUUCAUAGAUUAUGGGACAUGGAGAUGAUGGGGGCUGAAAGGCAGCAUGAGGUGGAUGUUCUCAAACAGUCCCAAAGGGAAUUGCAGUGGGUCCAAAAACAGCUGUCAGUCAUCUCUAAUAGAACUAAUGGACCUGGCAGGACCAAGGAUAAGAAACCGAGGAAUGCAGUGUUUCCAUUGCAUAUAUCUCCCCAGCAUGUGGAAGCAUACCGACUGCUAGAGGACAGGAAAGACAAAUUCUCACCCAAGACCUCCACCCUCUACCUGCUCCGACAGCAGCACAAACGACUGGAGACUGAGAUCAGCAGGAAGAGAAAGGAGUGUGAAGUGCUCGAGGAGGAGGUGAAGAAAAAGAGUCAGUCAUGUCAAACUCUGGAGAGUGAGCUUCAGCAUGUUCUGCAGCAGAAAGCACAUCUGAAUCUCCAGUUGUUCAGCGAUACCCAGAAGGCAGUAAAGUAUGAGCAGGUGAAAUGUGAGUAUGAACAGCUGCAGGAGGCUCUGUACACAGUGACAGUGGAGAGAGAUUGUGCUCUGUUGGAGAGGACUGAGCUCCAAGGCAAACUGGAGAACCUAGAACAGGUGCUGAAGCAUAUGCGAGAGGCUGCAGAGAGGAGGCAGCAGCUAGAAUUAGAGCAUGAACAAGCCCUGGUCGUCCUCAGUGCCAAGCAGCAGGAGAUUGACCUUCUGCAGAAGGCUCAGGUUGAGGCCAAGAAGGAACAUGAAGGUGCCGUCCAUCUGUUAGAGAAUCACUUGGACAGCAUGCAGGCUAAAGUGAGAGAACUGGAGGGAAAAUGCCGGGCGCAGAGUGAGCAGUUUAACCAACUGUCAAAAGAGUUGGAGAAGUUUAGAUUGCAGGCUGGAAAGUUAGACAUCCUGAGCAGCAGUCAGUUCACAGGGGGCGAUUCGCCCGGUUCACCCACCAAACCCCUCACCCUCUCCCAGCUCCUCAAUGGCCUCACUGCCCCCUCAGGGAAAGAUAAUGAGGAUUCGUUGAGUAAGAUCUCAGAGCUCAUUCGGCCUCUGCAAAUGAGCGAGGGGGAGAAGGCAGAGCUCCUGUCUGUCAAACCCACCUUUCUGUCUCGAAGUACGCCCUCUAGCCCACGUCGGGCCUUCCUGUCAGAGGUGCGGCCCGUCAUCGCCGCUAAUAUGGACAAAGAGCUAAGGUCUUCCCCCAGGUCUAAGCCCAGAUACACAGGCAAAGUGCGAUUGUGUGUUGCUCGCUACAAUUACAACCCUGAUGAUGGCCCCAAUGAGCACCCCGAAGCAGAGCUCCCCCUGGUGGCUGGGAAGUACUUAUAUGUUUAUGGGACCAUGGAUGAGGAUGGCUUCUAUGAGGGGGAGUUGUUGGAUGGACAGCAGGGCCUUGUCCCAUCCAACUUUGUUGACUUUCUUCAGGAUGAGGAGUUACCCUCGGUUCCUCUCUCUGAUCGCAUAAAGGAACCGUCCUACCUCAACCACAGCCUCGCCUCCAUGCCAAGCAGCGCCGUUAGCACACUCAGCACGAUGCUGUCAGAGAAGCUGGACGCCCUGGGCUCGGGCACCGGGACAGGCACCAGUAGCAGCAGUGGGGUGAGCAGCCUAGGCAUGAGCAUGGGGCUGGGCAUGGACUUUUUGGGACCAUGCAGCAAUGGCACAGGCACGCUGGACGUGAACAUCGAUGAGAUUGGAGAAGACAUUGUGCCUUACCCCCGCCGCAUUACUUUGAUCAAGCAGCUGGCCAAGAGCGUGAUCAUAAGCUGGGACCCUCCAGUGGUGCUGCCCGGAUGGGCUCCCAUCAGUGGCUACAAUGUUCUGGUGGAUCAAGAAAUGCGCAUGAGCGUGCCCUUCUGUGGCCGCACCAAGUCUCUUAUUGAAAAGCUGAACCUGGCUUCCUGUACACAUCGUAUCUCCAUCCAAAGCGUGACUGAGCGGGGACUCUCGGAUCCACUGCGCUGCACGCUGCUGGUGGGAAAGGAUGUGGUGGUGGCACCCUACUACCUUUGUGUGGAGAACAUUACGCAAGUAUCCGCCGAACUUGCCUGGAUGCCAAGCAACAGUAACUACAGCCAUACAAUAUUUCUAAACGAUGUGGAGUAUGAUAUGGUAAAGCCCGGAGGGUACAAAUACCAGUUCUACAAUCUGAAGCCCAUGACGGUGUAUAAGAUACGGGUGGUGGCCAGACCCCAUCAGGUGCCCUGGCAGCUGCCCCUCGAGCAGAGAGAGAAGAAGGAGGUGUCAGUGGAAUUCUGCACACAACCGGCCGGUCCUCCUUUACCUCCUCAGGAUGUGCAAGUUCAGUUGGGCCAGAGUCCUGGAGUCCUGCAGAUCCGAUGGAAGCCCCCUCCCCUUACUCCUACUGGCACUUCUAAUGGAGCCAGCGUUAUAGGCUACAUAGUCUGCACUAAAGGUCAAAAGAUAGCAGAGAUCAUGUACCCCACUGCAGAUUUUGUUACUGUGGAACUGAACCGUAUCCAGUGUCUUGAAGCGCGAGAGGUCGUUGUGAGGACAAUAUCAGCACAAGGAGAGUCUCAGGACUCUCCCGUGGCCACCAUUCCUCUUAGCUACCUGGUGCCUCACCCCCAUCCACACCCUCAUCUCCAGCCUCACCCUCCACCUCACCCCCAGCCUCAUUCUCAGACGCAUCCGCCCCCUUACCCCCAAGCCUACCCGCCAACCCAUCCACAGCCACACGUUCAACCCCAGCCACCCCACCCUCACCCUCACCCUCAUCCGCCACCCUCUCACCCCCACCCACAGCAGCACAUCCAUCCCUCGCCCUCCCUGUUCCCCAUGUCUAAACCCAAACUCCUACCAAGUGCCAGAGACCCCCAUGCCAAAGAGCCAGAGAUGGGCAGGCGACUGGCACAACCCUGGGAGCCACACCCCCGUGCCCCAUCACCCCUACCGCCCCCUACACACCAGGGGCACACACUGGAGCCCCCUCACAUAGAGGGCCGGCGCUCACCCUCCCCUCAAAGGAUCCUGCCUCAACCUCAGGGAGCACCCAUUCCUAACACAGUGGCUCGUGCAAUGGCCCGGCAGGCGGCGCAGAGGAACUACCCAAACAACAGGGUGGAGAGGAGAAACAUCUUCAGCGAAAGGGGUAACGCUUUGCAUUCGCUAAACUCAGAUGAGGAAGAGGAUGGGUACGACUCCCCCCAUGCCAGGCGAAGAGGAGCUUCUGUGGUCGAAUUUCUCAGAGGUUCUGAGAUCAGCAAACCUCAUCAUCACUACAGCCACAGUGAGGAUUACUACACUGAGAGCAGUCGAGGCUCAGACCUCUCUGACAUCAUGGAGGAGGAUGAGGAGGAGUUGUACUCUGAGAUGCAGCUGGAGGAAGGCCGGCGGCGCAGCAUCAACUCACACAACGCGCUUAAGGCAUAUUACAGGCGUCAGGACCUAGCUGUGGAACGGGACAGUUGGGACCUGCAACGAGAGGUGGUACGACAGCGCUCCUUGCGCUCGCACAAGCGCCUCCAUAGCAUCCCGGAGGUGGCAGAGGAGGAUGCAGACACCGGGGUAGAGGUCAUGGGCCAACGGUUGCGUUUCGAGGAGAAUCGUCCAGGAACUCCGUGCAGGAGCCCGCGGGUCUACCAUCAGGACUUGCAGCAGCCGAACCACCUCUCCCCCAGCAAAUGCAUCCGUAGGCUGCAGAGGCAGCGCUCCUCUCCGCGUUACACCUCCAUUGAGGAUAGGACUCCCGGUGGUCCGUGUUGGAACAGCAGCAGUUGCAGACAAACCACCAAGAGCCCAGACAGUGGACUGGACUGUGGUAGCGAGGAAGAGGGCUCACUCGGCUAUCGGGGAGGGUACCAUUCGUACACGGGGGGCAGCCCGCUGCGGGUCGGCUCUGGCCCCAACAUGCGGGUGAUCCACAGCGAGGGGCCAGUGGAGCGUCGCGCUCUGGCUGCCGGCAGGAAAAGGACACUGACUCGACAGUGCAGCGUGGAGGAGGACAUCCUGGACACUGUUCCGGAGACACGGAGCAUGCGGGAGUCGUACCACCAUUACCACUAUCAUCCACAUCUUCAUCAUCCUCAACGCAGGUUCCGGAGCGAGGGCAGGCUAAGCGAGGUUGGCAGGACCUAUCACAGGGACAUUAGGGCCUACUCUGUGGCCAGACUCAACAGGGCAAUGGAUGAACCCUUGAUUUUAGGGAGCUCUCCCUCAACGGGACGCUCGGAUCGACUGGACCAUUCUGGCCGUAGGAUGAUCCACGGCUGUCCACCCCCUCAAAGAAGGCCCAUGAAUGUUCCCUCCAUUGAGAUCACCGUGGAGAAUAACAGUGAGGGGAGUGAGGAGAACCUCUCACCUGUCAAGGACGAUGUUUACUAUACCAGUGUAGCCCACUGCAGGAAAUGGCCCCCACAGCGAUCAGAGCACCAAUAUGAUGGUUAUGGAGGACGAGAACGGCGGUCCUCAGACUACUAUGAGUCAGAACCAGACGACUUGUCCCGAAUCUUUGUGGCGAUGUUUGACUACGACCCCCUGUCAAUGUCUCCCAACCCUGAUGCUGCUGUAGAAGAGCUUCCCUUCAAGGAGGGCCAGAUCAUAAUGGUGUUUGGAGAUAAGGACAAAGAUGGAUUCUACAGGGCAGAGAUCUGUGGCCGCAGGGGGCUCAUCCCCUGUAACAUGGUCUCAGAAAUCCAGACUGAUGAUGAAGAAGUGAUGGACCAGCUGCUCAAACAGGGUUUCCUUCCUCUCAACACCCCCAUUGAGAAAAUAGUGAACUGUAAUAGGUUCAAAGAUGGCCGUUCAAUUAACCGCAGGUCCCGGAAAUCCAAGAGAGAGAGGAACAAAAGGAGUGGAAGGCAGCACCAGGUGUCCAUGCGGAGGAUGGUGGCUCUCUAUGACUAUGACCCCAGAGAGAGCUCUCCUAAUGUGGAUGUUGAGGCCCACUAUGGGGGCAACUUGCAGAGUGAGGAGGCUGAGCUGACAUUCUGUGCUGGCGAUGUAAUCACAGUGUUUGGAGAGAUUGAUGAGGAUGGCUUUUAUUAUGGUGAACUUAAUGGACACAAGGGUCUGGUUCCCUCCAACUUUCUUGAAGAAGUGCCUGAUGAUGUGGAGGUUUACCUCACCAACACCCCGAGCCGUCACCCCCAGGACCACCCCUCCCGGACAAAGAGCAAAAGGGUACCCGUGGAAAAAGUGGGCCCUUCCAGAAGAAGUGCCACCCCUACAGUGCACCCACACAUCCCGGGGUCCGGCCCCGCAGCACAGGGGCCCGGCAGUCCCGUCCGGCGCCCCCGAGCUGACUUUAAGAAAACAGGACUGCUCUCCAAAGGAAAGAAUCUGAUGAAAAAGCUUGGUGCUGUCAAAUAGUUUCAAAUGACCCUCCUCUCAACUGGGUUAAGGAUGUUUGAAUUGUGGAAAGAAAAUAUCUGAGAACCAAAAGAUAGAAAAUAUUUUUUUUUCCCCAUUUCUUGUCAUCACAUGGAAUCGGUAUGGAAAAGAGAAAGGGAAGAGGUGGAAACUAGGGCUUUCAUGACCAUUAGUGGGGAGUUCAGCUUUAUACCAUUUAAACUGUAACCCUAAACACUGCAAGUCCUGUUUGCCCAUAUUUGCUUAUUAAAAGCACAGAAACACAUGAGUUACUAAGUCCUAAAUUCUUUAAUGUACAAGGGGUUUCUAGGACAAUGUGCAAUAUAAUGGUAAGCAAAAGACAGAUUUAUGAAUUUCUGAAUAUUUUAGUGAAUAAAGGAACAUUCAGUUCUUUAAUUGACAAUUAUUGUUACUUUUUUAACAAACUUUAACCUCGUGCCACCCCGCAUACACGUGUGGACAUUGAAUUAUGGCUUCGCAAUGCAUUAUUUAAAUUCAUUUUAACCAAUUGAUCUUAGUUCAGGAGACUGUGAUGUCAGUAAAGGUGACGUGACAAAACAACAUGGCACCGAUGACAGCAGAGUUUGUCUUUGGGAGAAAUGCCUACAAAACUACAUUUGGUAAAAAACCUAAUUAAGUUUUUACAUUAAACCUGUUUGAGUCAAAAAUUUAGAGUCUGUAGUUUUGUCCGAUAUGCCAUUUUAAAAAUUUGAGUGAUUUAUUGUGAAACGCCAUGCUGCUAAACACAUUGUACACUACUGUGUACUUUAGCACAUUUUUUCCUUAGAAAUCCUGUUUUUUACUGUGCAUUAUCACACUGAGAAUCAGUGAGUUCAUACAAAAGCUGAAAAAUGUUGCUUUCAGAGGCUUUACUGUAUAUGGAAGUAGGAUGAAUAUAAGGUGCAUUUCGAACUGUUCUGAGACCAGUGCAGACAAACAGUACACUGGAGGUUAAGUCAUUCACUAAAUAGAAAGCAAAAGAGCAACCUAUAGCUCUCUAUGCAGCUAAGUGCUUCACUUCUAAAAUCUGACCAAAAGUUCAUUUUAGGCUGCAGAUUAUGUUUGACAGACAUGGGACAAUGGUAAUCUGUACAUACCUGUAGAUUCAGAAUUUAUAAAGUAUAAUUUUAUAUUAAUAUGGUUGGCAGUGAUUGGAUGAUGCUGACCAUUACUUUGAAUCAGAAUGAAUUAUACUAAUUUCUGAUGUAAUGUCUGUAACGUCUCAAAAACAUGAAUAACCAACACUCCUGGAAACAUAAUAAACAAUUUGAUAAAAAAAUUAAAAAUAAAAAAAGACUUUCUAUAGUUUAGUAUUAUUUAAAUUUCACAACUUAGUCCCACUGUCCUGAUUUGAUGUCCCACAUAUGUGGACAUACAUUUUUAGGGAAACUUUUUGCUCUAGAAAAUAUAUAUAUAUGUGUGUGUGUGUGUGUGUGUGUGUGUGUGUGUGUAUAUAUAUAUAUAUAUAUAUAUAUACACCAGUCAGCCACAA